CGGCUGUCAGCGCGAGGAGGCUGAGGAGGCGGCGGCGGCGGCGCGAGGCUGCGGCGCGCGAGCGAGCAGGAAGGAGUGCCCGGGGGGACUCUAACUAGAUUGGAUCCCUGUGUAGAACUUCUAAACACCGUCUUUAGUGGGACAUUUUCUACACAAUGAAGUCAACAACUUAACUAGGCAGUUGUUUGUGCGGUUCAUUGUGAGUCAUUGGCUAUGGUACACAAAGCUUGAGGUCUGAGGAACACGGAUUUUUGUGAUGACAAUAUGACUAAUAGUAAAGGAAGAUCUGUUACAUACAAAACAAGUGGCAGUCCAGAUAGCGGAGGAGGGUUUGUAGAUUGGACUUUAAAUUUAAACACAAUUCAGUCUGAUAAGUUUUUAAAUUUGCUGUUAAGUAUGGUUCCAGUAAUGUACCAGAAAACCCAGGAAGACAGGCACCAGAAAGCCAACGGCAUUUGGCAAGACGGAUUAUCAAGCACAGCACAGACUUUCAGUAACAGAUCUGAGCAACACCGGGACUACCACGGCAGCUUCUCUGAGCAGUCUUUCCAUGGCAGCAGCGGGCACGCGCCCUCAAGCUGCAGUCCAAAGUACGAUGACUAUGCCAACUAUAACUACUGUGAUGGAAGGGAGACUUCUGAAACUACUGCCAUGCUGCAGGAGGAGGAUCUGUCUAGUGAGGGCGAUGAUGUCAUUGUGGAAACAAACCCAAAACUGCCAAAGGAAUCCAGUGGCAUCAUGGCAUUGCAAAUACUGGUACCAUUUUUGCUAGCUGGCUUUGGGACAGUUUCAGCUGGCAUGGUUCUGGAUAUAGUACAGCACUGGGAGGUGUUCAAAAAUGUGACGGAAGUUUUCAUUUUAGUUCCUGCACUUCUUGGUCUCAAAGGGAACUUGGAAAUGACGCUGGCAUCCAGAUUAUCCACUGCUGUCAAUGUUGGCAAGAUGGACUCUCCUAUUGAAAAGUGGAAUCUCAUCAUUGGCAACUUGGCUUUGAAGCAGGUUCAGGCAACAGUAGUUGGCUUCCUAGCAGCUGUGGCAGCAGUUAUAUUAGGCUGGAUUCCGGAAGGGAAGUACUACCUUAGUCAUUCCGCACUUCUGUGCUCUAGCAGUGUGGCCACUGCCUUCAUUGCAUCUCUUCUGCAGGGAAUAAUAAUGGUUGGAGUUAUUGUUGGCUCGAAGAAGACUGGUAUAAAUCCUGACAAUGUUGCUACACCUAUCGCUGCUAGUUUUGGCGACCUUAUAACUCUUGCCAUAUUAGCUUGGAUAAGUCAGGGUUUGUACUUCUGUCUUGAGACCUAUUACUACAUUUCUCCAUUAGUUUGUGCCUUUUUCUUGGCUCUAACUCCUAUAUGGAUUAUAAUAGCUGCCAAACAUCCAGCUACAAGGACAGUUCUCCACUCAGGCUGGGAGCCUGUCAUAACAGCUAUGGUUAUAAGCAGCAUUGGAGGCCUUAUUCUGGACACAACUGUAUCUGACCCAAACUUGGUUGGAAUUGUUGUUUACACACCAGUUAUUAAUGGUAUUGGUGGCAAUUUGGUGGCUAUUCAAGCUAGCAGGAUUUCUACCUACCUCCAUUUACACAGCAUCCCAGGAGAACUGCCUGACGAGCCCAAAGGUUGUUUCUAUCCAUGUAGGACUUUUUUGGGUCCAGGAGUAAAUAAUAAGUCUGCCCAAGUUCUCCUGCUUUUAGUCAUCCCUGGACACUUGAUUUUCCUCUACACAAUUCACUUGAUGAAAAGUGGCCAUACGUCCCUGACGGUAAUCUUCAUCGUCGUGUACCUGCUUGCUGCUGUGCUGCAGGUGUUCACCCUGCUGUGGAUUGCUGACUGGAUGGUGCACCACUUCUGGAGGAAAGGAAAGGACCCCGACAGCUUCUCCAUCCCCUAUCUGACCGCACUGGGUGAUCUGCUCGGGACAGCUUUGUUGGCCUUAAGUUUCCAUUUUCUUUGGCUUAUUGGAGACCGAGAUGGAGAUGUUGGGGACUGAUGACUCCUACAGGCUGUCUCCAAGUUGGCUAGAGGAGAACACAAAACAACCACUGCUGGCUUCUUCCCAGAGCUCUUCUGCUUGCCACGUUACUUUUGCCAGGGUAGUCUUAGAUUUGCCCUGAUUCCAUUAAAUGGCCUUAAUGUACUUUUUAAGGAAUUUCUGCUAAAACCAGAAUGAAUGAUAUUUGUGCUGCUUUUUGUAGAAUAAAUAAUUUAACCUGGACACAGACCCAAGCCCAAGCUCUAAACUAGUUAGGAAUGAGCAUAGGAUGUUUACAGCGAAUGCUUCCCAGACCUAGAAGUGGGCUUCAUUGUAAGUUGUGAUGUAAGCUUAGAUGACAGAGGGCUUCCCAUUCAGCCUUCCUUUGUUGUAUCCAUGUGCCACCCUGCAAAGCAUACUAUAAAUGAAAGGACCCAGCCAUGCCUCUAUGAGUGCUAAUGAUGCCUUCCUCCACACUAGCCAAGGAUGUUUAUAAAUCACUUGUUCCUAAACUGACCUAAGUAUGUUCUGCCAAGCACAAGAGGAACUCACUUUUACCUGUGUCAAAAAUUACCCUGUGCUGAUGCCAAUUUAACUUCUGCCCUGCAAGUUCCUGACAGGCCUUUUAAGGUAUGGAAUACUUACUUUUUUCCUUUGAGACAGGCUCACUAGCCCAGGCAGGCCUUGAACUUGCAAUCCUCUUGCCUUACCUUCCCCUACCACUCUCCCUCCUCCCCACUAGGUCCUAGGAUCAUAGAAUGAUUUUAAGAGAUAUGUAGGGCCAUUUUUGAUUAUUAGUGUAUUGAUAACAAGCUGCAUUACCAGACACAAGAUGGUAUGUGAAGUGUGUGUGUGUGUGUGUGUGUGUGUGUGUGUGUGUAUGUGUGGUGAGAGAGAGUAAGUGAGCAUACUUGCAAUGGAGAAUUGAUCUUGGAUUGCUGAUAGGAAAGGUCAUAGUGCUUUGGAAUUAUUCAUAAGCAUUUUAUUGGUAUGCUUGUUAUUUAGUCCCAAAGGCUUGCUACUGACCAGACUGUAGUAUUUGUUGUCUACUUUAUAAUGAGUAGUUUUUAUUUUAAAAAAUACUGCAGAAUCCAGAUGAAAGACUUAGAAUGAGCAAGUAGGCCCAUUGCUCUUUCAAGGAGUCCUACCUAUCUAUCUAACAGAGAGGUUGGUGGGCUCCCUCAGUUACUGUUCAUGCCUGUGCAUGUCGUGUCAUCACGUACAUUGGCUUGUUUCUAAGGGGACCUCACUGUGUCUACUGCUGUUUUUCUGAAAUCAUUUUCUGAAAUGCUGGCCAAUAUUCUAGACACUUGGCCAAAACCUUAGCUAUUCAACAAUGAGCAUAUUUCUGUUAAAAAUACAGUGCAAUCUCUCAAGACUGCUGGAUAUUUAAUAAGUUAAAGUGAUAAGGGAAUAAUAUAUACAUAAAUGUUGGUUGUCAUGGUGAGUCAGUGUUACUAUAGAAUAGUAGGUUGUUGUUAUGAGUCUAUUGAAAUCUUCUUUAAAAGCACUCUCAAAUCAGAGAGUUGUGAAUUUCGAGUUAUAUUUUUGCUUAUUUUCAAAAUUUAUUCCAUCUUUCUGCCUUAUUAUUAAAAUUUUAAGGCAAAGAACUGAACUAAUAAUGGAAUUUCUCCUUUGGAGACUCAUAAUGUCACAUAGUAAACAUUCUUAUUAAAGAAAGAUUAAGUUGUUGAAUAUUUAGCUGCAAAGUUUUUUUUAAAUUUUACAAAUAAUACCUUUCAUUUUAUUGUAAAAUGUGUGAAUCAUUUGCAUUUGGGUUCUGUUUUUUUUUUAUUGUGUUUUUGUUUUGAGAUGGUCUGAUGGAACCCAGGAUGGUCUUGAAUUCACAGUCCUCCUGCCUCAAGCCUCUGGUUGUGGGUUCAAGAAAAUUAAUCCCAGCAAACAAAUCCAGAGAAAGCCACAGUUUUCAAGCAGCAGUCACCAAUGCCAGUCUGGUGCAUUCUGCACUCCAGCCCACUGUGAGUGUUCUCAGCUGCACCUGUGAGAUAGGCCAGGGUGAUAUACCUGUCUGGAUUUUAUAACAGAAAAUAGGAACGCAGAAGUGACCAAAGUGUGAGCUCCUAGGUCUUGGGUCUUCUAGGCCAGUGUAUUUUCUGUGACACAUCUGUGACUCCUCUUGCCCCCAUGUACCAAAAAUAUCUACCUAAUGAAUGAGAGGAAGCCAGCCAGUGAAACAGAGUUUCCUAAAGUCAGACAGCGUGUGCUGUGUGUUCUGAAGUCACGCAGGGACACCACCUUCUAACGCAUCUCGAUGGCAAGUGCAGCCAACUCUGAAUGGUCCAUGCUCCGAGAUUGUGGAGAACUUAGAUGGAAUAAUGAAAAUAUUUUACCUACAAAAUAUUUUUCAUUUUUAUAAUGAAAACUUGGUAUAAAGAACAAUGCCUUAUUUCAUCAAGCAUCUAGUUGCCACUACCUUCCCAGAUCAUGCCAUCUGCCAGGUGGAGUGGCUGGGGUAACUGGUUUGAAUUUUGUCCCUUUCUCUCCUGCUACUCAUCCUGGGUUAAAGCAACAAAAUGUCUAAAAGUCAUGUAAUGGACAAAAGCUGGAACAAAUCAGAUACGAAGUAGAAAGGGAUAUUAAUUCCUUUAAAAGUAUCACUAGUCUUUGAAAGAUUUCACAUAAGUAUGAUUUCUUUACCCAUAAAAAUAAUUUAUUGUCUUAUAUAAAGUAGCAGUAUUUUUAUACUACAUAAAAACACAUUCCAAUUUUUUUUCAAUAAUUUUAUGUACUUUAUUUAUAUACAAAUAAGCUUUUUCUUUUACAAACAAACUUUUAAAAAUCAUAUUUUUUAUUUUUGUCCAUUCACUUUUUUAUUUCAAACACAGUUUCUUAGAACUUGAUAAAACAUAAAGAAAUGAUAAUAUGUCUUGUGGAGACAUCACAAAAAAUCCCUCGUCACAGAUUGACAAUAAUGACAAUGACGUAACCUAAUGAGGUCUGUUUCCAAAGUCUUUCUGUAGGUGGCUUUCUUACCUUCCAGUUAAGAUGCAGCACACCCACUCAUGAUGGACUUCUUCCACCUUCCCAUUGCUGUAACCUCAGAUAAGAAUAAAGUUUGAGAACUACUUA